AUGACUGAAUGGACACAAAUUGCGUAUUCCUCAAUCCAUCAGCAUGGAAGUAAAAUAAUUCCAAUUACAACAUCAUGUUUUGACGAGUAUUAUGAGCUCGUUUGGGUGGGAAAUGAAAAAGGACAUCUAACGUCCUAUUUUGGCCCAGAGCUUUGUCGGUAUACAAGUGCAAAAGCCCAUAAUACUCCUAUUUGCUCUUUGAUUUCACAUGAGCGGGGUAUUGUAUCUUUAUCGAGUCAAAAUAUUCGAUUAAUGAACCGACGUGGUCUUUUUCGAUGGUCAUUAAGUGAUUUAGACAUGAUAGAUCUUCAAUGUAUGACGGUUGUUUCUCGAACAUCAUCUGAUAUAUUGGUUGGAGGACUGCAAACUUUAAUGCUACUUGUUAAUAUAGAAAGAGGGACGGUAAUCAAUAAACUGGUAAUUGGUGGAACUAAUCGUAAAAAAGAUACAGUGGUAAUGCAAUGUGGACGGUAUAUUUGUUGCGGAUCGUCUACCGGUGAACUGAGUCUUCUUGACCCGUCAUCCUACAAAGAAUUGCAUUCAAUAGAAGCACACAGUGGGUCAUUUUCGGACCUUGAUAUCCGAGGCAAUUUAAUUUUAACAUGUGGAUUUUCUCAAAGAAAUGAGCAUUACUUAUUGGAUCCUCUUGUUAAAGUUUUUGAUAUUCGAACAUUGCGUCCUCUGGUUCCUGUGCCAUUUCCGGCAGGACCAGCUUAUGUCAAAAUGCACCCUAAAAUGUCAACAACGGCCUUUGUUGUGAGCCAAAAUGGGUUAUUUCAUAUUGUUGAUAUGGGGAAUACAACUGAUGUGCAACUUCGACAUGCUAGUACAAAUACGUAUUUCACUUCUUUUUGUGUUUCUCAAUCGGGUGAUGCGCUUGCAUUAUCAGACGCAGAUGGGGCUGUACAGUUAUGGAGUCAGAAGCUUACUCCAUGUUUUUCAGAGUUUUCAGGCUCUUUGGAAUGGCCAAAUACUUCUCAUGUUCCGAAUAUUCGUAUACACACCGAUACUCCUUUAAAUGUGAUUGGUAUGCCUUAUUAUCGAGAAGAACUCCUUUCUUCUUGGCCUUCUCAUUUAGUUUAUGAUGUUGGAAAAGUACCUCAUAUUUUAGAUCAAGAUGCAAUUUCUAAUAUGAAAAUGAUGGACUUUGUUGGUUAUUCUAUCUAUAGUGGAAAUAUGAAGAGAAAUCAAGCUAGAUAUUAUACUAGGGACAAAGAUGAUGGAAUACAGAAAUUAAUCGCUCCAAAAUUUCAUAGUGAAAAAGCAAAAGAAUUAGUAUCAGGUGACAUGAAAAAAGAUUCUGUUCCAUUGUAUUUUGAAGAUGAAGAUAAUGAUUCUACUGAACCUUUUAUUAUACCGAAAUUUUAUAAAUUAUUAGAAAUAAAAUAUUCCAAAUUUGGUGUAGAAGAUUUUGAUUUUGGAUAUUAUAAUAAUACGCCUUUUUCUGGACUGGAAAUUCACAUUGAAAAUUCAUAUUGCAAUUCUUUAAUUCAAUUAUAUUAUUUUAUACCAUCUAUUCGUGAAUUAGCAGUAGCGCAUUCUGUUUCUUCCUGUGCACAAGAAAAAUGUCUUCUUUGUGAAAUAGGGUUUCUUUUUAAAAUGCUUUCUGAUGCGAAUGGUCAAAAUUGUCAAGCUACUAAUUUUUUACGUGUUUUAAGUGCAUCAUCACAAGCUAUAUCAUUAGGUCUCAUUAUAAAUGAAUCUAUGGAAAAAAAAAUUUCUUUUUCCUCUAUUAUACAGGCUUUGAAUAGAUUUUUAUUAGAAAAAUUAAGUGACGAAUCAUUAAAUACACAUUCUCUAAAUAAUUAUCCUUCUACUAAUAUUUCACCUUUAGCUGAAACAAAUGGUUUUUUUUCAAAAACAAUUACUUUUUGUGGCUGUGGAGCAAAUUCUGUUAGAGAUUCUAUUAUUUUUGUUAUUGAUUUUAUUUAUCCAAAGAUAGCUUCGGGAAAAAAGUUUUCAUUGGCAUCAUUUUCUUUAAUUUUGGGAGCAAGCAUUAAUCGUGAAGUGCAAAAUAGAGCCUGGUGCUCUAAUUGUCAUCAAUUUCGCUUUCUUACUACUCAAAGAACAGUCAGUAAUUUCCCAUGUUAUUUAAAUAUUAAUGCAAUGGCAUAUACACAAGACCAUUGGAAAUAUUGGAGUUCUAAAGGCUGGCUUCCGACUAAAAUAGGUUUAAAUCAUCAUUUAGGAAAAGUUGUUUGUUUUCAAGGCAAAGAUAUCGAUAAAAAAGUAAACAAUGAGGGACUUACUAUUUAUAAUUUAAAAGGACUUGUAGUAGAAAUUUCUUUCAAAAAUGAAUCACAUCUCGUUUCUUUUAUUCAUGUAACGGAUAAAGACAUAGAGCUAAAAUAUAAAACAUCCUGGUUUCUUUUUAACGAUUUUUUAGUAAUGUCAGUUCCUGAAGAUCAUGUUUUGAAUUUUUCAAAAGCAUGGAAAGUUCCUGCUAUAUUAAUAUAUGAGAAAGUAAAUUACUCGGAUGAUCUUAAGAAGAUUAACUUUCCUUCUUUCGAUAUGUCAGUUCUAUAUAAAGAUUGUUCUAUUUCAUUGAAACGAGAUAUGCAGUUUGUGCGUCAUCAAAUUUUUACAGAAAUAGAAAAAUUAGAUCAUAAUACAGUUAUUGGGCUAGAUGCUGAAUUUGUUUCUAUGCAGAAAGAAGAAAUAAAUGUUCGUAGUGAUGGAACCAGAUUUAUUGUUAGACCUAGUAAGCUUUUAUUGGCAAGAGUCUCUGCUGUUCGGGGGAAUGGAGAGUUAGAGAAUGUACCAUUUAUUGAUGAUUAUAUAGCUAUAAAUGAGCCAAUUGUUGAUUAUCUUACUGAGUUUUCUGGGAUUAAACAAGGUGACUUAGAUCCAAUAACAUCUAAAUAUACGCUUGUUCCAUUAAAGAUUGCAUAUAAAAAAUUAAGACUACUUGUAACUCUUGGUUGUAAAUUCGUAGGGCAUGGAUUGCAAAAAGAUUUUCGAAUAAUUAAUAUACAUGUGCCUAAAAAUCAGGUUAUAGACACAGUAAAUCUUUUCUAUCUUGAAAAUCGUCAAAGGAAACUUUCGUUACGUUUUUUGGCGUGGUAUUUAUUACAAGAUUAUAUUCAACAAGAUAGUCAUGAUUCUAUUGAAGAUGCUAGAACUGCUUUAUUACUUUAUAAAAAAUAUAAGGAAUUUAAAGAACAAGGAAUUUUUGAAGAAAAGCUAAAGGAAAUAUAUGAUUUGGGCAAAAAAUAUGGUUAUAAACCGCCAGUAGUAGGCGAAGAAAAACAUACUAAUUAG